AUGCACUCGGACCACGACGACGCAGUAACCCCCAAGAAGAAACACGAUAAAGCUGACACAUCCCCCGAUGUUUCAGUUAGAAUCGAAAAUUCCGAUCCUGGAAGUGAUAAAAAAGUUGAAAAUAAAGACGCCAAGCCACGUAUUGUGUUGACAUUCCGUUCUGAAAAAUCUGGAGCGAAAAACAGUAACAUGAAAAUCGUUUCAACUGAGGAGAAACAUGAAGAGGUCUCUCCAAGGCGAUCGAAUAGAAAUCGUAGCACAAAGUGGGAAUCUGACGAGGAUAACGAAACUUUGAGCAGUGCAAAGAAAAGCCUAAACGUUAGUCAAUCAGUAUCAGAGAAUGAUGAAGCUUCAGAUAGCUCACUAGCUACACCAAAGAGGUCAACAAGGCGACGCAGUAAGGAGUUUUCUGAAAACGUACUGGCUAAUGCUAUAGCCAGAAAAGAAAAAUCAUAUAAUGAAACUCUUCCAGGACCUACACAAAGAUUAUCAAGGAGAAUUAAGCCUACUGCUAAGAUAUUAGCUAACGAAGAGCUUAGAAUGGGACUUGAGUCACAAAACAAUGCAAGACUUGGUUUACAACCAGAGAAGACUGAAGAUGGUGUUCGAACUAGAAGGUCAGCUCAUUCAAAGAACCAUGAUGCUGAGAGUACAGCUGAUAAAAAAGCGAUAAAGCGCCAUAAGCCAUCCGAAGAAAUGAAACAAGACAAGUUUGAAGCAGGGGAGAAUUCACCGACUGAUUCAAAAGUUAAACAUUUGUGUAAACUUGGCUUAAAGGCUAUUAACACCACUCCUAAUGAACCUCCAGAAUCAAGCAACAGGGGUGGAGAGGAUGAAGAAGCAGAAGCCAUUGAAGAAGAUGAAGAAAUUGAUGAUGAAUCAGAGGUGAUCAGCAAGUUGCUGGAGGCUGAUGAAGAUAGCAGUGAUGAAGAAUUCUUAUAUCCGAUUGCUGGAGUUUCAACUGAUCGACCUAGACGGUCUACUCGACUGUGCUCGUCGUACGGGAACGAAAGUGAUCAGUCAUCAAUGUCUGUGGGAGAUGAUGAGAAUAAAGAUGCAGCGGGUCCAGAGGAGGGUGAAGAAGCAGCAUAUCCUCCAGAAGAAUAUCCAGUAGUUGCAUCCUGCAACUGCGAGGCUUCUAGCAAAAUGUAUGCUGACCCUGAUGAACUUACUGAGCCGGUGUUCUGCCAGGCUAUCGACAGUGUGGAGGGGGUGCGCGUGGGGUGCUCGCACGGCGCGGCGCGGGCGGCCGGCGAGCUGCAGCCGCUGGUGCGAGCCGGACCGCGCACACCCUACAUGCUCGCCUGCCGCCUGCAUACUGCACAGCUCAGAAAACAUAUGUGCUGUGCUGCGUGUGGUCUGUUCUGUGCACAGGGUAUCUUCUACCAGUGUUCCUUGGGCCACUUGUUCCACUUGGAGUGUGGCAUCCAGGGCAGCGCAGAGGGCAAGGCGGGUGGGGGUGGGGGUGCGACGGGGUGUCCGCACUGCGGCGUGCACUCGGUGCUGUGGCAGCCUGCCAACAAGGACUGUGCUAAAGUCAAGAUAGACAUGCACUGCAGCGGCAAGCGGGUAUACCUGCCUGAACAGAGGGAGCAGUCAAUACCAGCUUACAUAGGCUUUGGUGGGAUCAAUCCAUCUCUAAUCGAGCAAGGUCCUGUCAUCCCUGAAGACCUGCUGCCAUCACCUCCUAUAGACCUGAAGAAGCUGUGCGAGGAGACAGUCAGCGCGGAGGAAGACGAGCCCAUCGAUAAAGUGGAACUACUACACGACGCUAUUAUAGCUGGGGAGACUCCGGAGCAAUUGAUACCCAAAAUUGUGUCAGCGAAGGGCGAGGGUCUUGAGGCGGCGCUGUGCGUGUGCGCGCGCUGGGGGCGCGGCGCGGCGGCCUACCUGCUGCACUUCGCGGGCGCCGGCCUGGACGCGCGCGACGCGCUCGGCCGCACGCCGCUGCACAUCGCACUCACCGUAUUAUUAGACAAAACAAACACCACCAAGAGUAAAAGCGAGACUGUUAAAAAUGAAGAAGAAAAGCCAGAAGUAAUGGAUGUAGAUGAGAAGAAUGAUAAUAAAGAAGAUAACGAAGAGGAUAAAAAAAUUAAAGAAGUGGAAGAAGAUGAUAUAACGGAAAGUGAAGUAAAUAAACCAAGCGAUGAGGACCUCAUGAAAGUUAUCAGAUAUUUGAUAGCAGCAGGAUGUGACGUAAACCUUCCUGUGAGUUAA